AACAAACGAAUACGUCACUACGUAGUCCUACUACGUCUGCUCACUCGCUACUCCGUGCUAGUACUCUAGGUAUCACACAGCUCCCCUAUCUUCGCUCUACCUUUAUUCAACAAUCACAUUCUUAAUCUUUCAAUUUACCAUACUCGGUCUUGGUUUUACCGACUAUGUAUCGAUCUAUCCCCCUUUUCCGUUCGACCUUCCCUCAUUAUAUUAGACACUCCAUGGCCAUUUCAUAUCGACCAAAGCCCGUCAAAUUGCUUCACAAAACAUUUUCUAUGAGAAGAUUUGCAGAUGGUCCGCCAGAACCCCUGGCGCUGACCAAGGAUGAGAUUACGGAUAUGUUACUGAGAGUGCUCAACCAGUUCAAACAAAUUGACAGUAGCAAGCUUAUUGGCAAUGCGUCUUUCACCACCGAUCUGGGCUUUGAUUCUCUUGAUCACUCCGAACUUAUUAUGUCUGUUGAAGAGACUUUCGAUAUCGACGUUGCCGACAAUGACAUUUGCGAGCUUGACAGCAUGGAUAAAACUGUUGAUUACGUUGCAAAAACUUUGGAGGCGCAACGUCUUGUCGAAAAAAUCAAACAAUCGUAACGUUCAUGGGUAAUGUAUUAUCUGCAUGGAUCAUCUACCCAGGUGGAGAUUAUGACAGUAAUGCUAAUAAUCAGCGAGAAGAGGGAAUUAGGGGAGUUUGGAGGAGAACGUCUGGUAAAGAUGGUAUACUUGACGCUAAAUAGAUACCGGGAGAUCCGGAAAAUAGAACUUGCGGAUGAAAAUAGUACUAAAAC